AUGUUCAACGUUGGCAAUUUCUUUGACAACUACCUGCAAUCUGCAAGCUUGUGCUGCGCUCAAACUGGUCUCACACCUCCGUAUUCCGGUGGCCUGACGGAUGAAGACUUCUUCGCCCCAAUUGAAUCUACAGUACCAUCGCCUGGGUCUUCUAAUGGAUCAAGUUCUGGAUCCCUUGGAUCAAUGGAUUCUUCAAAUGGUUCUGACUCCUUUUCUAGCUCAAUUGGAUUAACUGGAUAUUUGGAUCAGACCCAAGCGAGCUUUGCUGGACCAGUCCGUAGACAAAUAGAGAAUAAGAUUCCUGGAUUACAUGAUAACUUCGUUCAAUCCAAUGACUUCCUGGAAUAUGAGGAUUUGCUUCAAAACGUCACACUUCAACCACCAGUUCCAACGUCUAAACCUCAUCAUCCAAUGGAACAAUUAGUAAAUCUACGAGCACCAAUUGCUCCAUCUCAACCAGGCCAGACCUACCUACCAAUGGAUCUAUUAGUCGGUCAAUCAGAUCGUCUAUCACCAUCCAGCACCAUACCAUCUCCAACUUCGUCCGUGUCAUCUAACACUUCCUUGAUCAAUUUGGACGCCAACCUCCCCUAUGGAGUUUCAAUCCACACUGCCGACAUCAUCACUGCUUGUGAAAGUUCCAGAAGACGAUUUGGGUUUAAUGGAAAGAUGCUCAGUCAGAAGACUUUUGCUGAACUGGCUCUUCAACGCACUCAAGCAUAA